AAGAGCAGAAAAAGAAACGGAACGAAAUGUCAAUACAUGCGACAUGAUCAACCCAAACCAGCCCCGGAAUAAUGUCUUGGCAAAAAUAAUCGAUAGAAAUGAUGUUUUAAACGGUGAAGGUUGAUUGAUAGAUAUAAUGAUAGCGAGGUAGUUGAAUUAUGCCAAGAAAGGAGAACACCAAGGCGAGAACAUGGGAGAGGGACAGGAGAGAGCGUAUGAACAGUUAUUUCAAAACACUUGGAGAUCUUUUGCCCCCUCAUCAGGAUGGCAGAAAACGGAACAAAGUCGACAUUCUAACUCACGCGGCAAAAUAUAUAAAGGAACUUCACGGACGGAUGGAGGAAUUGUUUCACGCUCACGCUUCUGACGUACACAAAGAGGAACUUGCGCGUUUGAAAAAACUUGUCACUCAACUAUUUUCACGCACUCAACUGCUUUCCACGCUGCUGAAAGAGGCUGGAAUAUCCAUUCCAGCUGAGCCGGCCAUCGAAAAGGUAUCGGCUUUCAAAUGGGUGAAUAGAAUUGGUGCCGAGGACAUCGAGAAGCUUUUUCCAAGGGUCGAGGAAAAAAAACGCUGCAAGAAAAAGAAAGAAAAAAUUGCAAGAAACAAAGUGCCUUGUAAACGGAAAUCUAUCGCUCCAACCCAAUCAAAGUCGAAAGGUGCAGCGAACGAUAAUGCGGCAUCAAAAAAUACUGAUCAUAAAAUUAAGGAUCAAGAGAAUCGUUUAAAUACCUCUAAUAAGGAUAGCAAACUGGCCGACGAUGAGGUGGACAGUGACGCUGCAAAUGGAGGACCAAAAACGAAUGUUCCUACCACCACCAGUUCAAGUCAAAGUACAGAGGCUAAUACCACUGCUCCGAAGCGUCGUAAUAAUUCUGGAGGAAAGAAGGGUUCACACAAAACGGUGAAAAGAAAAGCCAAGACGAAUCAGCAGAACAAAAUUAUCAAUCAACCUGUAGCGAACAUAACUUCUGGGACGCUCAUAUUGUCUCGUGGUAAAAUAAUGCCGGUUGUAACACCCAUAACUCCGUUGGCAUCAAACAUAAUUGUUAACGGUCAGUCGCAACCAACGAAUCCGAUUAUUUUGAGCAAUGCGCAGCCGAAUCAAAUGAUCGUUAUGCAACAUCUACCAAAUCCUGCUCAUAAUUCAGUCAUUCCUGUGUGCAAUCAGACUCUUAUCAAUGCAGUUCAAAAAGUCACGCUGAAUCCUGUUCCCAGCAUUCAAACCAACAUCGUCGUUAGUUCCCAAGAUUGGGUUUCAAACGUUAAAAGCAUAAUCCAUGCAACGAAAAUUAGCGGAAGAAAAAGCAUUUUACCAAAGGGCAGGGAAAUCACGAAGACAACGAUGACUUAUAAGGUUCCUAUUCCAGCCAUUCACAAAGAGAAAUCAGACAGAUCUAAGGAAGUCGUAAAUCGGAAAGAUGCAGAAGCUAAAACGAAGCUCAAAAACGGUGCUAAGGGUGCUAAAAACCAGCUAAGUUCUAGUAAGUCUGUUAAUGUUGAGGAAAAUUCGAAAGCGAAUACGAAAAAUCAUAAUUCUACCACCACCAGCAAAGAAUUGUCUGGAACAACCCCUUUGAAACGAAUUUUGAACACCAAAUCGAUGAACCAGGAUGAGCCUGACAAUAAAAAGUUAAAAAGCAGAGAGGGUCCGGAUGAUGUGAGCAAAGACGAAAAUAACAUGCAAACUAAAAAUUCAGAAGUGAACAACUCAGUUUCUACUUGUGAAUCUAUUGAGAGUCUUCAACAUGUUGUAGAAAAAAUAGGCACUGAAAUGACCGAUGGACUUGCAAAAGAUGGCACGUCUACAUUUGAAAUCCACAGUAAUAAAUCUAAUCUAAAUACAAAUACCGAAGCACUGAAUAGUUCUAGUAAACACGAAUAUCUCCCAUUGUCUUCCACCAAUGAAAGUUCCAGUACUUUAGUAACAGAUGAACCCAGCGUGUUAUCAGUCUGCUCCAAUUCGGGCUCGUUAACCGUUUCGAAAAAAACUGAUAGUACAAUCAUAAAAUCAGCAGAUUCAAUGAAUGCUGGAAGCUUGGGAGAAGCACAAAUUUCAACCCAGAAUUGCCGGAUGUCCAGCUUGAACGAUGUAAUAGCAGCGACCAGAUUUUCUGAAGGAAUGACGGUAUCUACAGAUUCUUCUACGUCAAGGACUGAAAAGCUCGAAGUAUUGCCAACAAACGUAGAGGCAUCAGCUGUCGCAAUAUCAUCAGCUGGGGGCGAAAGGAGCGAAAGGAAAGGAUCUGAAAAAGAAGAAACAGUUUCUGAAAAUGUAAAGGCUGUUUGCAAUCUUGGUACCAGAUUCGAUAGUCUACUUCAAGCAAAUGUUAAGAGACCAGAAAUGGUUGAAAGCAUUCCGACUCUAGAAGCUAGCAAAAUUAUAUUGAAUCUUGACACCAACACUACGACAACCUUGAAACCAGAAGCAAAUACAAUUCCCAAGUCUGUCAACACAGCUCUGCUAAACGAGGACGACAACUUGCGAGCAAAUAAAAUUGGGAAUUUUGCAAAAGACGAGGGACUAAAGUCCCUGUCGUACAGUGCUGACAAUAGUUUCAUUCCCAUCAGUAGGACAGAAGCGUUGCACUCGGACCUGUCUAACGACAUAUUCGCCUCAUUGCAAGUUCCAUCGAGUUCUCAUCACCCGGAGUCUAUAUCUCCAACUGCAGCAUUCCUGAUGGCUUUUCCACUUGUUUCGAGUCUGAAUGGAAAGACUGAAGUGCUGGAGGAAGAAAUGAAAGAAGACUUUAAAGAUCGUAGUCAGACACCACCGAUGCUUUUGCAAAUCGGUGCUAUGGAGCCCAAUAGCUUCAAGCUCAAGACGAGCACUGCUAUCGUAUCGAAAGCAAGCGCAGCUAAUGCACAACACGAAGCCACAGAGGGUGAGAAGAAAAAUGUGAGUUCGCAUGUCGUAUCGCAGCAGGCAACAAGCAGCAUGCAAAAGUCGAUGACUGAGAAUAACAAGGAGAUGGAGAAUUCUUCCAAAGUGUCUAAUGACCAACCUGAAGUUAAAGAAAGUCAGAAUCUUGGCGCAAAUUUGGAGACGCAUGAUAAGAGAACGGCUCAAUCGAUGGAAGUUGAGCUCACAAAGUCAAUGCCGAAAAUUAUACGCACUGAGAAUGUUAAGGAGCAGUAUAAAAUCGUCCAAACAUCGAUACCUUUAUCUUUAACAACCCCUCUUGAGAUGAAUAACACCUUUGCAUAUACAUCCCCAGCUUCGACGGCAGUUUCCUACAGUGCAGCAUCUGCGAUAACAACUUGCACACCUGCUCAAAUUCAAUCUUUGCCUCCUGUUCACCAUAAUAGACCUGUGACAAAGAAUACGCAAGAUAUUAUAGUACCUGUAGUAGCUAGCGCCAGUUCUGUGUCAGAUUCUUCGACUAAUUUGACGGUAGGAAUUAAUUCGAGAUUUCAAACGUCUGCGGAAUCUCAUACCUCGAUUCCUGUUUCUCGUUCAAAAUACGAUCUACGCCCUCAAUAUACAGCGACGCAAAAUUUCAUACCAAAUUAUACCAACAUGAGUAGGAAUAUGGAACUACCCCAGUACACUCCGCCAACUUUUACCAGUUCCGUUCAUAAAACACCCCAGAAUUCACUGGGUAAUGUAUGCGGGCUUACAAAUGUCUCGCAACCGCUGACACCGUGUCACGCUGUGUCUAAAAAUCUCACGUCCGCUCAAAAUCUGCACGUGAAUUACCCUAUUCAGAACAAAGAAUCGCAUGUUGCUACGACCACUGAUCAAACUCAAAACUUGAGUGAUUCUCUGCGAUCAAAACAACAAAAUCAAGACCACAGACACGAGAGUUAUCACCCAAAAAAAGUUGAGACAGAAAACUUUGGGCAGAAUUUUUCAUUCACCAAAAAUAACAAUGUGGUCAAUUCGCAAAAUCAAACUGUUCAGGGUAAUCCGAAUGUAGUGAUGUUCCAAGAUAAACACACAACUACUCAGACUUACAUGCCUUACAGUAAGGAAUCGAAGAAAAUUACUGGCAGUAUGGUUCCGACUGUAUCCAGUGGGAAAAUAAUUUUGGAAAAUACUGUUCACUACCCGCAGAAUUCUAUGGUUGUAGCUUCGAACUACGAGCAGAGUACUGUUACGGAUAAUAAUAUGAAAUCAACGACAACAGUUGCGCAUAAUUCAUCAAACUUUAGUAUAUUGUCAUGGACAACGUUUUCUCCUGCUGGAGGGAAUAAUAAUAAUACAAUGCAUUAUGAACAAGGUCAAGUACCAACUGAUACUACGGAGAAUAAAACGAUAUGCGAAAACUUUGGCUACGUUCCACUGCAUAAGGAAAAUGUCGGCUUUACUAACAUGCUGCCUGAUUUCUCAAACGAUGCUGGAUUGAACGUGAACAAGUUGGCAAACAAGCCAAUGGUACAGGCGCAAAAACAGACCUUUAUCGACCAACCAAAAUCUCAGAAUAUUCAAACAACAAUGGCAUUACAGAAGCAGAAUCAAAAUCCGUCUGUGGAUUAUAAAUUUAGUAAUGAGAAUAAAACAAAACCUAAGUAUACGAUCGAAAAUAAUUCAAUGCAGUCAAUUUAUGCUAACAUGGAACAGCAGGCGAAACAUCAAACGAUAGCUAACAAACAGGAGAAGUCGAACUAUCCAAUGCCUAGCUAUAAUCCGCAAGUAUUGUUUAAUGUUCCAGACACCAUGCCUCAGGUGAAGUACUCUACCGAAAAUUACACCGGGGCCAAUUUUAAGUACACAGAAAAACCCCAGCAGAAUCAAAAAUAUCAACCAGCUGGUCAGAGCCAUACUGUUCCUGCCGCGUUGGAACAAACAAAUCCAGUUUACAAGCAGAGUCAGAAUGGUAAUAAGUCGAAAGCACAGCAAAUCCGGCCUACAGUUAACUGGAUGAUGACACCAGAAAUAAAACACAACACCAAUAUAUCGGAUAUAAUUUUGCCGCCAAUAGGAAAAGAGCUUGAAUAUUGCCAGAACAAUUUGUUUGCCCAAAAUACUAGCUACAACCAAGGUACUUCCAAUCAGUUUUAUAAUAACUACGACGUGACUCACAGCUUUCCCAACAUACCCGUCUUGCAAAACGAACCAAGAAAAGUUGACACUUUUUAUUCGGAAGAUCAACCCUUCUCAUGGUCACCUAAUAAAAACACGCACGUCCCAGACCAGGCCCAGACCGUUAAAUCUAUCGAUCAGCAUAUCGUACCAUCUACGCUACCAACUUUGGUUGGUGAUUUAGCAUUAGGUACAAAUAUACCUGAAAAGCAAAAUUUCCUUUUUGGGCAGAUGCCAGCUAGGCUUCCAACCGAACACAAUAAAGAGCUGCUGAAAGAAAAGGAGUCAAAUGCCACUCGGGAAUUCCAUACUAUAUUGAAUCCUCAGAAUGGGCAGCAGGUACCACAGGGAACCUUUUUGUCCGUAAGUCAGCUGGUCGAGCACGAGAAGGCUGAGAAAUCUCAGCAAGCUAGAAAGCAUCAAAGAAAGAGCACGAGUCCUCGUGGUAGCGGUAAACGCCAAUUGGACAUUAGAAAGCAAGGACCGAGCGAUCAACUGCAUCACGAAGAUCCAAAAUCGAGCGUUCAAACAUUCCCUGAGCAAAAUUACCAGCAAAAGUAUCAUCAGAAUGAUGCUCACUGGAGGAAUCGGAAUUGUAAGAGUAACUAUACAGCUGAGGCAUUAAUCGGGACCAACACAAACGUGCAGGACGACAAUCAGCAGGAUAAACACGCGUCUAUAAAGUUCGCUCCGAACUAUGCUCAGAAUAAGUUCUCAGGGGCAUUACCCACCGACACAAUGACGCCGAUCAAUUACUUUUCAAAUACCGACGAUGGCAGUAAUUAUGGACAAUCUAAUCAGAACUUCAACUCGUAUACUUAUUCUUCCAAUGCAAACAUUUAUCCAACAACUAAUUUCAUAACUAGUAUAUCAAAUACGCCGUCAAGUUACAUGAUGCCUCUGCACGAAAAUUCCGACUACUUAGAACCAAAUUCAUUCCUACUGCCAAAUGCCUCCUCCUCCAAUACUAUAAAGUCCCAACACUAUACAAGCAAGCAUCAAAACUGCGAUAAACGGUCAUAUUCUACUCCGAAGAGAAGCAAACGAAAACCGGAAGUAACGCAGAACAUUGAGUUUCCAAUGCCUGGAAUUAAUUCACCCCUUGAGGAUUAUCACCCCUCAUUCUUGUCGCACGCUAACUUGUAUCAAAAUCCACCGCAAGCAAAUAUAUACCCAAAAGCUGUGAAUACUAAUUUGCCUGGAUUGCCGAUGACUGGGAAUCAGAACGCUAUUGGCUCUGGUGAAUUGCCAAUGAAUUCGAAUACCGCAAGAGGUACCACCUCCAACAGCCCCAUGGUUAUGGCACAUCCUUCUGGCACUAGCCUUACCAAUUUCAACUUGAGCACGAUCUUUCCAGAGAUUAAUGACAAGGUUCAGGUCGCAGGCUACAAACCGCCAAAUAGUAUGCCGCCUGGUUUGACCCAGCCGACUGGCCACGCGUCAAAUUAUACUCAAAGAUCAAACUACUCUAAUUCACUGGGCCAUGUUCCUCAGGUUUCCGAAUCAGCUCAGUUCCCCAACAACAUGACACCCUCGUCGAGUGUGCACUACAAAAAUUGAUGAAUAAUUAAUCGAUUGUGCGUAUGGACCUUGGGAAUGUAAAUUAUGUGAACUAAUUUUUAACAGAAGCAAUAAUCCUGUUACUUUUGUACAAAUGUAUAUAUCUAUAUAUAUAUAUAUAUUAUAUAAACUUAGAAUAUAUGAAUAA